UUCUUGUGAUUGUCGUCUGUGGUGUUUUUACUUUUUAGUCUUUUUAGUUUCUCUUUUGAAAAACUAUUUAUAUUUAUAACAGAAUUUGUUACGUGCUAAUGUUAAAAUCUACAGUUAUUUUAGGGAACUUUAUACCUAUAAUAUACCGUUGUACUAGUUUAAACCAAAUAUCAAAAGUUGCAUCUGUAUACAGAGUCCAAACCAUGGCAACUGGAAGUAAUAUACCUAUUGUGGACAUAGACCCCAGUGGUGUAUUUAAAUAUAUAUUACUGAAUGUGUAUGACAAACAGAAAGAUGCUGCCAACCCACAGAUGGUUAUUGUGAGGGGUUACAAACACUGCAAUUAUCAUUCUGAUAUUUAUGAUGAAGUACAAGCAAAACUAUCACCACUCGACUGUGAACCAUUAGGCGGAGGAAGAAUAUCUCAUGAUCCUGAAAAUAAAAAAAUUCACAUCUAUGGUUACUCUCAAGGUUAUGGUAAAGCUGACCAUGAAAUAACAGCAAAGCUAAUCAAAAAUGCGUUUCCUGCUUUUACAAUAACAAUCAGUGAUGAAGGGUACUGAGAUGCUUAGAAAAUACAAUAAUUGUGUAACACACACCUAUUAAUUUUAGUUGUCAAGAAAAUAUUCUACUGAAAAAAAAAUUAAAAGAUUCUUUGAAUUGUAACACAAAAUUUUAUAUUGCAGUUGCACUUGUGAAGAAAGCAAAUAAUGAAACUACAACAUUAAUUUUACAAAGCCAGCCCUAAAAUCAGUUUGAAUAAUAUAUUACUUAUUAUUUGUA